AUGCGGCGAUCAGAGCUUGCCGCAACUCUCAGUCGGCUGAGCAUCAAGGAGGAAGGCAACGUCGAGACGCUUGUUGUGGAUGGAGCAGACUCGUUGGCGAGGUUGAAGAAAGAGCUCGAGCAUGUGAAGCUCCUUGCCUGGGACUGCGAGGGCGUCAACCUCUCAAGAAUCGGCUCGGUCACUUUGAUCCAGUUUGCCAUCGAUAGAGAAGAUGGAGGGCAACUCUGCUUCCUGCUGGAUAUGCUCUCUCCCAUCAAAGACCAGCUGUUUGCAUUUGCAAAGCAGGUGCUUGAGGACGAGUCUGUCCUCAAAGUCAUCCAUGACCCGGCUGCAGACGCUGAUUGUCUCCUCCACUGUCAUGGCAUCACGGUCGUCAACGUGCAUGACACACAAGCCUGGCACAUGACGCUCAGAAGAUGCUACUCGCGUCCGAACCUCAACCUAACCCUCGAAGCUUGGAACCUUCCCCUCAACACACACAAGAACGCCUCCUUCAACCCGUACAAGUCUAACCCGGCCUAUUGGGCAUCACGUCCUCUUACUGAGACCAUGAUUCAAGUGGCAGGAGGAGAUGUCUACACUACGAUCCCCUUGUAUAGGAUGCAGAUCGCUAAUUCGUUCUCCAACCCCACAGGAUGUGAACAAGCAUGCGCGAAGUCACAAGCCAGGCUGCAGAGCAUGAGAAGUCUACCCACGUUCGAGGUGCGGGUGCCACAACAUGAGGUUGGAAGGUUCAUCGGCAGCAGAGGUUGCAACAUCAACAGCAUGGAGAUCGCUCUCUCAGGAUGUAUCACUUGCGAUAAAAACUCCGACGGCAACUCCUUCUUGGUUUACACCAACCUGCCUCAGAAUGAAGCCAAGGCCAUCAUGAGGAGGGAGACGAACGGGCAGGUUACAAUCCGUUGA